AUGGAACCCUUCCACCCUGCAUCUCGCUCCCCUCUCUCGGUCGCGGAAUCAGCCGGGACUUCCCGCAUCCGCUGUCCACACGCAGAAUCCACAGAGUAUCCGAAUGCGGCAGUUCACCCAUACCUUUCUCUACCGCAACCCGCCCUUUCUGUCUGGUCUUCUGAAGCCGCUGCCCCUUCUUCGUUCGAUGCGCUUGAUGGCCAUGGACAGACGCUUCCUCCGCGAAUCCCCGUUGCUUCACCGCCUGCCAGUGAAUCGUAUACCUGUUACCCGGCGCGAAGGUCUGUAACUCACUCUCCAUUCCCUUACCCAUCAGAUUCUCCUUUCCUAGAUGGCUCACUUUCUUCAGCCCUUCCCUAUGGGGGGCCCUCGUCGUACAUCCCUCCCGCCAUCGUGGGACGAAGCUCCACAGCAGUUCAGCCUUCGUCCGCCACGGCACUAGAUACCGCUUCUCGCUCUCAUGUGGCUACAGAAAACCAGAUUGCGUGCUCCAGUGUGGGCACCCUUUCGUCGGCCCCAGAGCGUCGCACCUUUGGUUUUUCACCUUCUUUCGCUGCACCGUCCUCUACCCUCGGCACAAGUUACCUCAGCCAACCGGUUUUCUCGUUGCCGCCUCCCGAGCCGGACAGGUAUCCAGGCCCCUCCGCCGUGUUCCCAGCCUAUUCGCUUUCUUCGUCUGGCGCAGCGCCAGGGAAUCGCUUUUUUUCGCUUCUCGCAGCCCCGAUUCGUCUCCUGUCCAAGCUGCAGCAAGGGGCUCUGCGCCGCCUGGGCCUGCGGAUCCCGCCGCCUCCCGCGGGCUUCUCUCCGUUUCUUCCUCCUCUCCUUGACCAAAGUUCUCAUCGAGGAGACGGCGAGGAUCUGGAGAAUCCGGCCUCUCUGCGGUAUCACUCAGGAGCGACGUACGCGUCUCUCGCGUCCUCGACUCGCACGCGUCGUCGCUGUGCCCACCCCCGUGACGGAUCAGCAGGCUUUUCUGCGACUGAGACGCAGACAGGCAAUGCCGCAGAUACGGCGACGCAGCUUUCUGCGCACGCGUCGUCUUCUGCGCAGAAGAGAGCUGCCUCUUCGGCGUUCGCCUCUGCGGCUGCAGCGCCUCUCGGCUCUUGGGAUGCCGUCGCCGACUUGGAUAAGUUUCUGUACGGGGUGUAUAGGUACUGGAUGGAGGGAGGCCUGUUUGCAAUUUUGUCGGCGCAUCUCGCGCACCUGACCGCGUUGGCCUUUACCAUUUAUUUCUCGUGGUUCCUCAUUUUGUUUGUGAACUGGACAGGAAUUGUCUCCUGCACAACCGAAGAGCAGUGCCGCGCGGUGCCGCUGUUGAUCGCCUCGCCCUUCUCCCCCUGGGGCUACAAGCAGACGCUGUGCACUGUUUACGUCGUGUCUCUGUCCGCGUUUCUGCUGUUUAACAUUGCCGUGUCUUACUUGAACUGUCGAGACGCAGUUCUCAUUAGGACCUACUUCCGCUCGCGGCUCUUCAUUCCUUCCGACGCCGCCCUCCAGCUGCUCGACUGGCCCGAAGUGACUGCGCUGCUCCUCAAGGCGCAGGAGGCGGCGCCCUUCUGCAUCGUCACGAACGAGCUCUCCGCGCUCGACAUCGUCAGCACAAUCAUGCGGGAAGAAAACUACUUCAUUGCCCUGACUAACAAAAACAUCCUCACGCAAAAACUGCCUUCCUGGCUGCCGCCCAAGCUUCUCUACACGCAAGUCAUGCAGUGGAACAUCCGCCGCGCCAUCUUCUCCCGACUCUUUGACCGCCGCCAGCGCAUCCACAGAGACCUCUUCACCCAUCCGCCACACGACGAGCUAUCUCCGUACCAGUCUGCAGCGGCCGCGGCGCUGGCGUCGAGGUUCAAGUUGCUCGCUUUGCUGAACUUGGUGUUUCUAGUUCCGCUUUUCCUCUUUAUCUUUUUCUUCUUCUUUCUGAAGCACGCGGAAGACUUCCGGCUCAAUCGCCAGUCGAUCGUCAGGCGCGAGUUCAACGGCUACGCCUACUGGGUGUUUCGCGAAUUCAAUGAACUGCCGCACCAAAUCAACCAGCGGCUGAGUCUGGCAGCUGCGGCUGCAGAUGAGUAUCUGCAGUUGUCGCCGGUUUCUCCGUCGGUAUUCCACAUUCGCCUGCUGGUGAAGUACCUGAUCGGCUCGCUCCUCUCGAUCUUCAUUCUGCUCUACUUGUUCGACGAAACGCCGCUCCUCUUCAUCAAGAUCUUUGACCGAAAUCUGCUGUGGUAUACCAUCAUUCUCGGCGUCCUCUACGCGGGCAUCCGAGAUGUGGGAUCCACCGGCAAACCAGACGCUGCCGGGGCACGAGGAGCUUCUGGACUAGGCAGCGACACAGUUCUGGCAGGUUCAGGGUGCUGUCGCGCGGUCAACGCGCCGCUGACUCUCUACGAGCGCUGCAUGCGCGUCGUUCAGUUCACGCACCACCUGCCCGCCUGCUGGCGGGCUCCCGCGGGCCUCUUCGCGAUUCCGCCGCCCGUGGCGCUUACGUCGGGCGGCGCGACGGCUCCAGGUGACUUAAAGAAGGUUGCGGCUGACUCGGGACGCGCUGCGUUUCCGCGCUCGCCUGCGGAGGCGCCGGUGGCGCAGAGUGCCUUCGCCUCUGCACCUUCGUCGCUCUCGCUGCUGCCGCCGGUGCCUCCCAGGCACGCGUGGCUUCCGCCUGCACACGCUCGGACCGCCGGCCUCGGUGCGCGCCUGGCACAGUCGGCUUCGAUUUUCGGUGGCGAGGAGGCAGAUGACGAGGUGCACCCGCGCGUGACGGGCGUGAGUAGCCAACACAAGGUGGUUAUGCGGUCGUUUUGUUCUGCGUUCUACGGCCUGCGCAUUGUGUGUUUGGUCGAGGAGCUGCUCGCCGUGCUGCUCACCCCGCUCCUUCUCUGGGGCUUCUUGCCGAGAGUCUGCGAUGACAUCUGCGCCUUCCUCUUCGCCGCGACCGCUUCGUCGCCUUUUGGCGACAUGUGUUGCUUCUCCUCGCUCAACCUCGAAAAAUUCGGCUCGCCUUGCUACCUGCCGGCCGCGCGAGACGCGGCGCCUCUGCGCAAACCCCAGGGCGGCGAGCGGGCGCGUCAAGCUCGACGCGGCUUGAGAGGCGACGACGGCGAGGAAGGCCUUGCCGCACGCGGCCCCCGCAUGUGGUGCGAGGGAGAGACAGGAGAGCAGGGGAAGCCAGGAGGAGACAGCGGACGACGAGACAGCAGUCCGAGCCCAGAACGAGGCGCGAGGGGCCUCUCGGCGUCGCACCAGUCGUUCCGUCUGGCGCCUGUGUCCUCUUCGUGGCCUGGCGAGGGCGACAGCGGAGGGCGAGACGGGGCUCCAAGUGCCGGGCUGCUGCGUGCGAACAGCGGGAAGAUCGAGAAGAGCGCGCUCACGUUUGUACUCACGUAUCGCAUUCCUCCACCGUACGACGACACCUCGCCCCUCUGGACGGUCUUCGCGUCCGACUCUCUCGCGAGCUCUAUGGCCAUUGUCGCCUCCCAGCUGAGAGGGUCGGCGCCUCUCCCGCCCGCGGUCGCGGACUCCUUCACCUUGCGGCGGCGCCCGUCUGCAGCGGCUGGCUCUCUCUCUUCAAGCUCGACUUCGUCGCAGGCUGCGGAGCGCGACAGAAGCGACGCCGCGCUCUCCUCUCAUGUGGCGUGUCCGCUGGUGCGCUGGGGCUACCCGGAGUCUGUCGUGCGGUUUGUGCGUCGCCUGGAGACGUUUCAGCGCGAGCAAAUCGAGAAACUGCCCUACCUCUCCCACGAGCUGCCGCCAUACUUGCUCGCGCCGCUCAACGCCUUCCCUGGCGAGGCCGAGACGCGACAGAGGGACGCAGAGGCGGGCGCGAGGGCAAGCAGGAAGUCUAGGGGCUGCACGGGAAGGAACUUGCAUCGAGGAACGGAUACGGAAACCGACGGCGAGAGCGCAGGCGGUGAGCAUGAGACGCAUGCCGCCAGAGAGCCCGCGAGGCGAGGAAGAAGCCUCAGAAGGCGGCGCGCCAGACGCAGAGCUCAGCGGAGAAAAGGAGACGACCCGAUGGAGGACACAAGCUUUUCGUCUGAGUCGACACUAGAAGAAUCUGAGGAAGGGCGAGGCGCGAGCGACGGCAGCGAUGCAGACACGCCGCGCGCGUGGAGAGGGAAGCACGCGCGAGCGCCGAGAUGCCGUCACUGCGGACACGCCGGCGAUCUUGAGGCCACGACGGAGGGAGAGCGGGCGGAAGACACCCUCUCGCCGUCUCUGUCUCCUUCGAAGAAACGCAAACGGCGGAGCAGCAAAGACGACUCGUCGGAGACGAAAGCCGAGCGGUCUGUGGACGAGAGCUUCCUGGCAGAUGGCGGCACGGGGGAAGGCGUUCUAAGGGCUCAGGGCGCGCGAGGCGGCGGCACAGGAGAAGAGGAUGGGCUGCCGUCGUGCACGGCGGCGCUUAACACGAAGCGCGAAGGCAAGAGGAGACGCGCGCAGUCGCCGUCGUCGCGAGAGGGCGAAGACGACAGGAGACACCGAGGCAGGCGAGAGCCCAAGAGACCGCAUGCGCGACGUUCCAGGCGAGGGCACAAAGGCGGAAGGCAUAUCGCCCCUCACGACUCGUCCUCGUCAGCCGACGGAGACGCCCGCUCUCCCUCGCCGCCCGCCUCUUCGCCGGCGUCACCGAAUGCCACCGUGGACGUGUGCGGCCCGCCGCCUGUCCCCUUUGAACGUCAGGCGUCGUAUUUCUUUUGGCUGGAGCGGCUGUACGAGCAGCAGUCUGGCAGGAUUUUGUUCGCGACGAACCAGCUGAACUUCUUCACGCGCUGCCUCUUCCGCCAGAGAUUCCCCUGCACCCACACGCACGACGCGCCGCAUGCGCCCAGAGAGGAGAGAGGCGCGGGGAGCUGCGGCACACACCACUCGCGGUCGCUCUACGCUCGGCCGCGGCGUGGCGGUGGCGAGCAGCCCUCUCACGAAGAAAGAGAGGAGGAAGAAGCCACAAGCGGACGGGCGAAGCCGGAGGAAGGGAGCGAGCCGAUGGCAAGGCCCCUUGCGGGGGGGGAACGCAGUCGAGACGCCCUGGGCGACGGCCGAGCGAGAGACGAGGAGACCGACACGAGAAGACGCGAGGCAGUCCGCCCACUCGCACGAGGAAGCGGAAGCACUGUGGACGCGCAAGAGGAGACAGGGUUUCAGCGACACGUACAGCCUCUCUGUGAGACCACGGGCUGGGCAGCGGCAAGCCCAGCGGCGAGCCCAGUGAGCAGCCCAGUGGCAAGCCGAGGACGCGGAGGCAGCGGCGAGUUCGACGCGUCUCAGCGUUUGCCGGCUUCGCUCAUGUCGUCUCUCGCAGGGGGAUGCGUGGCGUCCCCCUUCUCAGCAGCUGCCUGCUGCGGCAGACCGGAAGACGGAGCCGCGCGGGGACGCAGAAAAGGCGCCGAAGAAGUCAGCCAUGACUCGAGAGGCGAAUCUGACUUGAUGCCAUCCAUGUGGUUGCCUCCCUCGGUUUCCACGCUGCUGUCGGAGGCGCGUCCGGGCUUCCUCGUUGCGUCGAGGGAGCAGAGGCUUUCGGCAGGGCUUGGGCUCUAUCCCGCGCCAGACGCCGACGGAGAGAGAGACGCAGCUCGCCUCCAGAGUGUAGCGUCGCCUGCUGCAUGUGCACCGAGGCCAGCCGCCCCCGAGGAGCGCGGUGGAAGCGGCGUUCGUCUGUUUGAGGGCGCAGACCGCGCCGUAAGCGAGGACAGGCAACACACGAGGGAAAAAGACCUUUUCUCCCUCGACUCGAUGGAAGGACACGACGACGAAGUCGAAGUCUUCCCCGGUGGCUCCAUGAUGUGA